AUGGCCCCUCGUCGACAAGCUGCACCAGAAGGAAGCAUGCCUCCUCCCAGUCGACCAUCGAGUCCAAGUGCUGAAGACAUCGAAGAGACAUCGUUCUUUGAUAACGUGGAUGAAUUGCAGCAACAUGGCAUAAACGUACAAGAUAUCUUAAAACUCAAGAGUGCCUCCAUCAAUACUGUGUCUGGUGUCGUUAUGACUACACGUCGUCAAUUACUGAAGAUAAAGGGUAUGUCAGAAGCGAAGGUUGAGAAGAUCAAGGAGGCAGCACAGAAAAUCACGGGGUCUUCCUUUGCAACUGGUAUUGAAGUCCAGGAUCGAAGAAAGCGCGUGCUUAUCAUCAGUACCGGAAGCAAGUCAGUAGACACAAUCUUAGGUGGCGGGCUGAUGUCACAGUCAAUUUCCGAAGUCUACGGUGAAUUUCGUACUGGAAAGACACAGCUGGCCCACACAAUGUCUGUUGUCGCCCAACUCCCUCCGGAGAUGGGUGGGGCCUCUGGCAAAGUCGCAUAUAUCGAUACUGAAGGGACAUUCAGACCAGACCGAAUCAGGUCCAUCGCUGACCGGUUCGGUGUGGAUGGGAAUAUGGCGCUCGAAAAUAUCCUUUAUGCGCGUGCCUUCAACAGUGAACACCAGGUUGCUGCUCUUCUCUACUGUUAUGCAGCCAUCGUUAAUAUGUUGCAGAUGGAGCUUAUCAGCGAAUGUUCUAUGCGUUUUGCGGAAGACAAAGACUUCCGUCUCUUAGUAGGUCUUGCAAUCUGCGUGAAAAAUCGCUUAUUCAGCAAACAGAUCGUGGACUCCAUUAUGGCUCUCUUUCGCGUCGAUUUUUCUGGUCGUGGCGAACUCAGCGAAAGGCAGCAGAAACUAGCACAAGUGAUGUCAAAGCUCACUAAACUUUCAGAAGAAUUCAACAUUGCUGUUUUGAUAACCAACCAAGUACAAUCCGACCCAGGGGCAACGAUGACGUUCGUGGCUGGCGGGGCUCUCAAACCCAUCGGUGGACAUAUUCUAUCUCACUCCUCAGCUACUCGGAUGUUCCUUCGCAAAGGCAAGUCAUUGGCGUUUACCACGAGACGGGCUGAAGAACGUGUCGCGAAACUGGUGGACAGCCCCGACCGCCCUGAGAGCGAGGCCUCUUACAAGUUGGACGAAGGCGGAUGGGCCGACGUGUGAUCUUCUUCGUGCUCGCUGGCUGCUCUUGGACUUUCGCUCGACUCUGGACUUGUUAGUUGAUCCUCAGAUGAAUCAUGUUUUGAUCUGCUUUGUAUUCUCGUGUUGUUAAAAUUAG